AUGAGACUCCUCCCUCUCAUCACCUUCGCCGCAUCGCUCAUUGCUUUGGCAUCGGCGCAGGGCAUCGACAUCGGCGCGCCCCUCGCGGGUUCCACCAUCUCACCGGGGCAGAACAUCACAGUCGAGGUUGAUCGUCCCAACUCCCUGACCGGCUCCGAGGAGGUCGCCAUCGUCAUCUCGAUGGUCCCAUGUGAGACUAGUACCUGCAACUCGCCAAACCAAGACCUCAGCUCGGAGCUCGGUUACGUACUCUACAACGGGCCCUACAGCCCUCAGUACGACAGCAUCACGCCGCCGGACCACAAGCCACCCUACCAGAACUUCUCAGUCCAGGUUCCGAGCUGGUACACGAGCGGCGAGCAUAUCGCGUUGGCUGUGACGCAUGUCAGCCUCGUUGGUGCUGGACCUUGGGUCUUGUUGGAGUUCAAGAACGUGUCUCUGGUCGUGGACUAA